UAUCCUGUUAACGACCUUUAAAAAUUAAAUUUAGUUAGUCACUUUCUAUGAAAUUAGGGUUCCCAUUCUUUCCCCAAAAUUUUUGGGUCGCCAACGAACUUUCUGGAUUCUGUCUUUUGCUACCGUUCAGGCGAUCGUAAAAGACGAGAGAUAGAAAGAGCUGAAAAGGAAGUAGAAAGCCUUGUGUUCCUUACCUAACUCCUUGAAGACUCACCGAUUUGCUGGAGCUUCAUUUUAUUGACUCGUAUACGAGCGAAGAGGAUCAGAUUUCAUGAUUUAUGCAUCUUCUUAUUCCAUAAAGGUUUGUGGAGGAAGAGGAAUCAUAAGAUAGUACUUUAACCUACAGAUGCGCUGGAAAAAAUUAUGAGAUUGUAUUUUAUGUGUAGUGGUAACGGUUGUGUUCUCUGUAAGUCACUGGUUCGAGCAAAACUUUUUUUCUUAAAAGGGUAAGAUGCCAUCUACAUAUUUCUCAAGAAUAAGAGGUGCAGUACAGAAUGAAAUUCAAUCCAUUGUAGGACAAGAGGGUGGGCUUCGAGAUUCAGCUGAAAUUCUAAUUGGGCAAGCAAAGUCCCGGUUUUCUAACUAUAGGUUAUUUCAUUCUGUACGAAUGGCGUCACUUGCAGACAUACAAGCACUUCUGAGACCCGGUACUGUUUUCGCUGCUCAAUCCGAUUCAAUACUACUUCACCGUAGAAGGAACAUCUCUGUUAUUGGUGCACUUUCUCGCACAGUUUCUGUACCCUCUGUGUCCGGCCCCUCAUUUCAGGUUUGUGGAUAUCACAUUGAUCGUGCCCUUUGUGAUACCAGUCAAUUGUCGAACAAUGGGAAGUUGCAGCAUAAGAAGGUGGCUGCUUCUGCACCCAGAGCUGUAAUUGGUGAAUGUUUCCUUGAGAAUCCAACUUCAAGGGGUGGGCAUCUUCUAUUUCCGAUCAAUAAUGCCAGCAUCUCUUAUGGGAGUAGAAGUUCCCAGAGUUGCAGAAAAGUUAGUAUGAGUUUGAAGAAAGAAGAGCAAUCUGCCAAUUCUCCAAUUUAUGGAUAUUUUGCAUAUAAUGUCAUGAAGAAGUGUUAUGACUUUUUUCCUUACAUAGAGACAGGAUCUAGAUGUUUCCAUAGCUCAUCUACCACAUGUUUGUCAGCUGGAACUGCCCCUGAUGUGAACUUUGAGAAUUCUGUCCGUGAGGAACAAGCUGAAACUUCUGCAAGCUCCUCAGAACAGAAGGUUUCUGCUGUCAAAGCACUGAAGCUAGUGUCAGGAUCUUGCUGCCUACCCCAUCCUGAUAAAGAAGCAACUGGUGGAGAAGAUGCCCAUUUUAUUUGUGCCAAUGAACAGGCGAUCGGUGUGGCCGAUGGUGUGGGUGGUUGGGCAGAUCUUGGUGUUGAUGCAGGGAUAUAUUCCCGUGAACUCAUGAAUAAUUCAGUUACUGCUAUCCAAGAGGAGCCCAAGGGUUCAAUUGACCCAGUUAGGGUCUUGGAGAAAGCUCACUCCAGCACAAAAGCCAAAGGUUCUUCAACAGCAUGUAUCAUAGCACUCACUGAUGAGGGUCUCCAUGCAAUCAAUUUAGGAGACAGUGGAUUCAUAGUGGUUCGGGAUGGAUGCACUGUCUUCCGUUCUCCUGUGCAGCAGCAUGAUUUUAAUUUCACCUAUCAACUUGAAAGUGGAGAUAAUGGUGAUCUACCUAGCUCCGGUCAGGUUUUCACAAUUGCUGUCGCACCUGGGGAUGUUAUAGUUGCUGGAACUGAUGGAUUAUUUGACAACUUGUACAACAGUGAGAUUAAUGCAGUGGUGGUUCAUGCCACUAGAGCUGGCUUAGGGCCUCAGGUAACAGCACAGAAAAUAGCAGCGUUGGCACGGCAACGAGCACAAGACAAAGAUCGCCAGACCCCCUUCUCAACUGCUGCCCAAGAUGCAGGAUUUCGCUAUUACGGUGGCAAGCUUGAUGACAUCACUGUUGUUGUUUCAUAUAUUACCAGCUCUGAUGAUGUAUGACUCCUCUCCCUAUCUCCCUCUCUCUCUGGAACACCGACCUUCUUCUUAAAAAUCUUGCUCUAAGGAUUGCAUGGAAAUAGUUUUAUUCAAUUUCUAUACAUUGUUCGAGGGUGCUUUUCCCAGUGAAAGCUCAGCUGAUGUAAAUAUUUAAUUCCACAUCUAUGAUGCUGUUCUUGUUUUGCCAUAAAAGAAACAGGGGGGUCGCUGACGACCCAUGCAUAAUUCCAGCUACGGGAAUAGUUGAAUGAAUUAAUAACAGUUACAUGUUAUUGUGGACAGGCUUCAAUUUUUGUUACUCUCAAAGGCCGAGUAUAAUUAUGUAGUUCAUUCAUAUGUUAAACAUGCCUCUACUUA